UCAAGCGCGUCCUCUUUUGAGUGUGCCAGUCUACAAAUGCACGCGACGCACGCGCACGUACGUUGCGAUACCCCGUAUAACGCUUUAGUGUCGUGCUAACAUAAAGAUUACAUAGUGAUAGCAAUGUUUGCUUACGAUAAAAAUUUAAUACCUAAACUGCAACUGACUGAAGUGAAUAUUUAAUGUACCUACCUACUUUACAUGUUUUACUGUGGCCAAAAUGUGGAAAAUAUUAUUUACAUCUGCUCUAGCUGCGCUGGUAGUGAGUGUGAAAGCCGGUGCAGCGCCUGAUUUAUGUUGUCAAGAUGGAUUAGUUCUGCUGAGAAGGCAAAAUGUUUGUUGGAAUCCUAAAGUAAAUAAAACUUCACCAGUAACAGCCUUAUCCUGUAAGCAGAAACUGAAACUAAGUCGUUUCUCUAUCAAUAGUGAUGGGGAUCUAGUGUUAAUGGGAAGUAGCAGGAAUGUAACUUUGGAUCAUAGGGGGUAUUGCAUCGCCAACCAAACGAGGAUAACAGACCCAGAGCUGACGAAUGUGAGCCUCGCGGCGCUGAUCUGCCAGGAUAAUGAUGACAAGAUCAUCGACGAGAAAGUCGCAGGAUACUGCAUGAUAGUAUCCGUUAUAUUCUUGUUUUUCACGGCACUGAUAUAUUGUGUUCUUCCAGAAAUGAGGGAUCUGCAAGGGAAAAGUUUGAUCGCUUUUUGCAUUUCCUUGGGAUUGGGGAUGAUGGUCCUAGUCAUCAUGAAGCUUAUGCCGCCGUACCGCGACAUGAACCUUUGUGCUGCAAGAGGUUUUCUGGCUUAUUUUUUCAUUCUAUCAAGCUUCUUUUGGACAAAUGCUAUAUCAAUACAAAUUCUAUUGUGCAUACGACGGCCGUCGACUUUGAACUAUGAGUGGAGAGACUUCAUGCUGUACGCAUGCUACGGCUGGGGCGUGCCGGCGGUGCUUACGCUCGCCUUGGCGCUGGUGAACUUCCUGCCGGUGCCAGGCCUGCCGGACCACAAGAAGCCGGGCAUCGGGCUCAACCACUGCUGGUUUUAUGGUACGGAACAUCAAUGGUACUACAUGUAUAGUAUCAUGUCGAUUCUUAUAUUUGCGAAUAUUUGUAUAUUCAUAUACAUAUCGAUCUGUUUGUGGAAGAACACAUUUGCCACCUCUCACUUGAAGGCAUUGAGAUACAAGUUCUUAAUGACGACGAGACUCUUUAUACUGAUGGGCAUCACCUGGAUAUUCGAGAUGAUCAGCUCUUUGGUGGAAAUUAACAUUGGCUGGGUUAUCAUGGACAUAUACAACACGAUGCAAGGGCUGUUUAUAUUCCUGGUGCUGGUGGUGUUCCGGCGGCGCGUGGUCAAAGCGCUGUACAAGCGCGGCUGGCUGGACUGCGCCGCCGGGCCCCUGGAGCGCUGGCUGGCCGUCGGCGACGACGACGAGCAGGACGUCAUCGAGCACACCAAGGACGUGCCUCUGGAAGACAAGUGCCUCUCGUAGGCGAGGGACAACCCAACACGUCUCUGUGAACCAUAGAGGCUCUCUCUUCAAGUGGCGCAACUCCGAUUGGUUAAGAAUGUGUUUUAAAACAUUGGUCAAAUGUGUGUCGUGCCACGCGCAGUGUAGGGUUCCGUAGUUGUCCUUCGUUACCACAAUAUACUUCAGAAGCAAGCAAUUACUUCGUCUAAAGUCACGUUUAAUAUUUUCUUUUAAGGAAUUUUUAUUACGAGUAGGUAUGAAAUUUUAUAAUACUUACAUGAGUAAAACGACUAUUACUCUUAAACUAACUGAUCUAUUUUAACCGCUAUAGUUUUCCUUGAAAGUUUAUAAAAAGUACUAUUAUCAUGAUUUUUUUCAGAUUUUUCAAGCCAACAGUUUAGUUUUUAGAGGGGGGGACUACGGAACCCUAAAAAUGAUGUCGUCGUAAGCUGUAAUACUUUAAAGCUGGGACACAAAACGUAACAGAAUUUGUGUAGGCCAGGGUUUCUCAAAGUGGGGUAGGUACGCGAACCCCUAAGGGGUUUGACUUUGACAUAUACUCCAUUUGCGACAAGAAACAAGCACACCAUCAGCAACAGCAUCAAUAGGUAUUAAAAAGACAUAUUUCUUUGGCACUUUAUUUGGUACCUUUUAUUGAAAUGAAAACAUUUUUUUCUUCAAUAGUCACUUUUAUAUUAUUUUCUUUGGGGGGUGCAGGUUUUAGAGUUAUUAAGAGGUUCGCUGUCACCUGAAACUUUCACAGGUAGGUACUCGUGGAACGGAAAGUUUGAGAAACCCUAAGUAAUAGGCUAUAAAUAAAAUCCAACAAAUCACUGAAUUGAGGUAUUAGGAAUUAUAAAUUCCAGUUUGAUUUUUUUCUAACUUAUGUGUCUUAUACCUAGUUACUUUUACAAUAGGUAACGAAUUGGUCGUUUUAACUUCGUUAUAUAAAACAAUCAACUAAGUCAUUUUUUGUUAAUUUAAGUCAAUAAAUCUACUUAAUUAAGUUUUGUCAUAUCGUAUAGUUAGUUACCUACAACUUACAUAUACCUACGUAUUUUAUUGCUUUUUAACGUUGUUUACUUGUUUGUUUAAGAGAUAUUUCAUUUGUUAUUCAACAUCAAUAAUUAAACCUACUUAGGUACAUUAUGGCUGAGUUGCACCACCUAACUUUGACCGUAACUAUAACGAUAACCGGUGUUUUUUGUAUGGUGUUUGACAGAUUUUUGACGUUUGUCAAAGUUAAAGUAAUAUGGUGCAACCCAGCCAGUCUUGUUAAACUUAUCAAUUUUACUAGACCUACCUAAGUAGGUAGGUACCUACUUUAGAUAGU